AUGUCUAUCAAGCCCAAUUCAACGGCCCUUGUGGAUCUGGGGUCAUACAAACUCGAGGUUACAAUCCACGGCCCGCCCCGCCGGGCGCACAAUCCGAUUGUCAUCAUCUUACCGGAUGUCGGCAGCAGCGUCAAAGAAUGGAAUGCCGUCACCACGAUUCUCGCAGAUUCCAUGAGCGUCGUAAGCUAUGAGCGGGCAGGAUAUGGACAAAGUGAACCUGUUGCUGCAGACAAACCCAGAUCACCAGCUGCUCUAGCUGAGGAAUUGCAUCUUCUCCUACGAGCUGCCAAGAUCGCGCCGCCUUACAUAAUGAUCUCCCACUCUUAUUCGUCUGCCAUACUGCGAGAAUUCACAAGCUUGAGAAAUUUAGCUCAAUUCAAGGGUUUUGUAUUUGUGGAUGCAAAAUCGGAUCCGACUCUCGAAGCGAGACGAUUGGGCACCGAUACGCUGUAUGGAGACAAUCAUCGCUUAAGCGACACAGCGUGGCAAGCUUUGUUAGACGAAGAGGCUCGUGCGGAACAUCAAGCUGCAGCUGGAAGAGAAAUAGCUGAAUAUCAGGAGAUGUUGAAUGGCGAAGAACACGAAUACGGACGUGUGCCUCUUGUAGUCCUCCAACCGGACGUUGAUGGGGAUGUAGAAUCAGGAAGACUGGACCAGAUGAGGGACGAGGCUUUACUGAGGUUGUCUGAACGUUCGGAGUUGCGGCCUGUGAUGUCUCUUGGGCGAGAAAUUCAAUUUGUAGCACCAGAGAUGGUGGCGCAGGCUGUGGUUUGGAUUUUAAUGCAGUAUAGAUGUUAG